CAGCCGCAACGCACUUUUCUUGCGAUUUUGGCGAUCCGAAUCUUCGACUUUCCUCCAUCCACAUCGCUAACCCUCAGCGAACUCGACGUUUCAGUCUCCGCCCAACUUGCGGUUAAAUCGAUUGAUUCUCGUGUUCACAUAUUAAACAAAUCUAUUCAAAAUGAAGCACCUUUCCGCUUACCUCCUCCUCGUCCUCGCUGGCAACCCCAACCCCUCCGCUGAGGACAUCAAGAACGUUCUCUCUUCCGUCGGCAUUGAUUCCGAUGAGGAGCGCCUCCAGAAGCUCAUCUCCGAGCUCGAGGGCAAGGACGUCCAGCAGCUGAUCUCUGAGGGUACCGAGAAGCUCGCUACCGUUCCCUCCGGUGGUGCUGGUGGUGCUGCCCCUGCUGCUGGCGGUGCCGCUGCCGGUGGUGACGCCCCCGCCGCUGAGGAGAAGGAGGAAGAGAAGGAGGAGUCCGAUGAGGACAUGGGAUUCGGUCUCUUCGACUAAACGCCUUCACUCGUGCGAGCCUCAAAAAAUAUGUGAUAUCUCGUGGGGGAACAGAAAUCUGGCAGUCAUUUGCAGUAUUGGGAAGGAAAUGGCCAAUUUCGGUCAAGUCUGUUUGUCUCAGGCUUCUCUGAUGCAGUUACGAAUUAUGCAUACGUGAGCUGAAAAGCUCCUUGAUAGCAAAUACAGAUUAUCUGACCCUCCACGAAUUGUUCCAUAUCACGUAAAUGCGCGUAAGCCGACUAUCUGUCUAUCAGGUAUGAAUAACGGGGCGCGAAAUUGUAUUACGCGCAUUAAUUACAUAUCAGAAACCUAGGCACUUGUAUCCAUAAGCCCCAGUUAAUCA